AUGGGACCAGAGGAGAAGCAGAGGAUCGAGAGAGAGAGCAGAGGACAGAGGAGAGCAUGGGACCAGAGGAGAGUAGAGGACCGAGAGGAGCAGAGGACCAUGGAGAGCAUGGGACCAGAGGAGAGCAAGGACCGAGAGAGAGCAAGAGACAUGGAGAGGUAUGGGACCAAGGAGAGCAAGACCGAGAGAGUUGGGCAGAGGACCACAGGAGAGCAUGGGACAGAGGAGAGCAGAGGACCGCGAGAGAGCAGAGGACCCAUGGGAAAGAGCAUGGACCAAGGAGAGCAGAGGACCGAGAGAGACAGAGGAUCGACAGAGAGCAGAGGACCACGGGAGAGCAUGGACCAGAGAGAGCAGAGGACCAUGGUAGAGCAUGGGACCAGAAGAGCUGAGGACCGAGAGAGAGCAAGGACCACAGGAAGAGCAUGGACCAGAGAAGCAGAGGAUCGAGAGAGAGCAGAGGACCAUGGGAGAGCAUGGGACCAGAGGAAGCAAGGACCGAGAGAGAGCAGAGGGGAACACCUGGGGGGAGUUCAUGGGACCAAGGAGAGGGCAGAGGACCGAGAGAGAGCAGGAGGACCAUGGGAGAGGUAA